AUGCUCCCCACGGAUUCCCAGACUCUUGACACUAGGCUGUCUACGAAUUUGGCCAAGUACCAUACCGUACUAUCCAAAAUUUCGACUGUAUCGCAGCUGGCAAAGUUACAAGCUGUGAUCUCGAAUGAGCAUUCAACGACACUAAAAUCAUUGGACGAUUACGUCCAACCUUCCCAUACAUCUAUAAACCAAAACGUGCGUGCAUUGGAACUCCAAAGAACCAAACUAACUCAGACGCUAUCCAAGUUACAUCAUGCUUUGGAAGAUAUAUCCAUCUCCAGAGACCUGGCCCAACAAAUUUCAUCACGUAUCAGAUCAGUUGACAAUGAGCGUCAGCGUGUGGCGCAAACCCUUCAGUUUGUGAGCCACGUCCAGAUCUUGAAAAACAACAUCUCCAUGGCUCAUGGUGCCAUCGAGCGCUCGGAUUAUAAGCUUGCAGCCACUAGUAUAGAUGCGAUAUUAAAGCUCCCACCUACCAUUAUAUCUUCCCGUUUCGCGAAUAAAGUUGUGCCUUCCGCGGAAAUUCCAGAAGACCCCCUUGUGCUUGUGGAACAAUGGACCAAUCAGCUCUCAAAAGCUUUCCAGGAGAAAUUCGAGAGCGCAGCUCGCAAUCAAGAUGUCAGCAGUUUAACCUCGAUUUUCCAGCUGUUUCCUUUGAUUCAGAAGUCUAACUUAGGCCUCGAUCUUUAUUCCAGGUAUGUCUGUGAUAUCAUCGCCACGCAGAGUCGUAAACUCAUGACCGGCGCAGCUCCUGAUAACACAACAUUCUACGCCAGAGCGCUACUGCACCUUUUCAAAAUAGUAUCAACUAUCAUCAACGAACAUUCUAAGAUAAUUACAGAGUGUUAUGGUAAGGAGCACAUGGUACAUAUCAUGACUAAGGUUCAACGUGAGGCCGACAUGCAAGCAGGGCUUGUUCUAGAUAGCUUUCUGGAAACCAGAAAGGUUGAAGAGGUCAUACAGUCCAUACAAAAGUUCGAGAAACUUUCAUCGUCCCCAGAUGAACCUGUUAUUGAACCUCCUGCAGUGGGAAGAGUUUCAAACAUAAUAAACGAAUACUCUAUGAUACUGCAAAACUGGUCUAUGUACUGUAGGUUUUUUGCACUAAAAUGGUACGAAUUUGGUGGGGAAAGAGUGAAUGAGGGAGAGUUUCAAUUACCAGCUCCCAUCUUCAAAGGCAAUUUUUACUCGAAGAUCCAUAAUUCAGGAUUCUUGAGUAGUUUUCAGGCAUUAGUGAGAUACUACUUGUCUGCGUCUUUCACGAAAACAAUUAGCCUCGAGUCCUUACCUUCCCUCAACCAGUAUUUGACUAAGAAACCCUAUAAACAUGACGACGUAUCCAGUUAUGCAUUUUCGUCAAUUGUGGAGGACCUUACGCUAAUAAUAAGGAACUGCCUUAUUGUAAAUGUCAAUACUGGUCAGAGUCAACUGCUGGGGCAGUUCCUGGAUUUUCUGGCUCGUUUUCUGCAGAAUGAGUAUCUGAUCAAAUUUCUACAGCAUAAUUUGCGCCAAUUACAGCCACGUUUGACCAGUAAUAUCAUUCUGAAAAAACACGUACCUCCGAUUGAUUCAAAUACUGCCUCGCGGGCGGCUUCUCCAGGUGUAGCAGAUCCUUCGAAACUGUCAAAUUUGAGAUUCAAUUUUAAAGGGGCUGCGUCAAGUGCCCUUUCCAAUAUUCAAUCCAAUAUUCAAGCCGUUUAUGCAGACGAGGAAUCCGUACUCAAAUUGCAUGAGUAUCUCAUUUACGUCAAUACUUUGAGUAUUGGAGGUGUCUUUCUGCAAAAACUACUUUCUAAAGAACUUUUGCAAGACCGGCCCCAACUUCUAAACGACAAUUUUCCCUUCAGCCGUGAAGCCCAAGUGUUGAGAGAAAAAAUCGAAGCCACCGAACAAAAUCUGCUAGCCCAAAACAACAAGCUUCUACAGUGGGCAGUGAAACAAUUGUUCGAAAACUUAUUACAACCCAGAAUCCGGAAAAUGCUGGGUGCUCUGUUUGUGCAGGGCCCGACAAACGAGUACUUUUCUAGUGCUGUAGAUUUCGAGGAUAUGUCGCAUUUGCACCAAUUUUCAACCGACUGGACUGAAUUCAUGAUGCCGUAUGUCAACGUUUUGUACAAGUCAUGUUAUGCCCAGCUAUUGAGUUGUAUUGUAGAUUUCAUGGUUGCGCACAUAUCUUCACGAAUCUGGUCACUUCAGGUGAAUGAGCUUGGUUCCAUCAAGCUUGACCGCGAGCUAAGUUCGCUCAUAGCCCUUGUUUGCGACGAUCAAUACGUGCUACGUGAGAAGUUUAUCAAACUCACCCAAAUUGUGCUUAUUGCUGGAUUUGAGGACGAUGACUUUGAUCCGACCACUAAAGACCUUAAACGCGAAAUUGUCGACAGCAUAAACUGGGUUCUCACUCCAGCAGAAAGGAUACGGGCUGGAGAGCUUAGAAUCGAUAAGCGCCGUUGA